UCAGAAACUCGCCGUUAAGCCGAGUCUCCCUCAGAACAAACCAGAGUGGGUCAUGGCCGGGUCGCCCCAGUCGACUCUGAGCGGAAUCGGGAGCUGGUCCGGUCGCAGUGCUGUAUCGAGCAAUGGAAGCCCAAACGGUCCCUCUCAGUUUCCGUCUCCUCCGACGACGCCGUUUGGUGCUAAGAAUGACACCUGGGAUCUCAUCUACGCAGCGGCUGGGCAAGUUGCGAGGCUGAAGAUGGGCGGUGAGUCGCCCAAAUACAACUACCAGAGCAGAGGACUGCUCGCUCCUCCGAAGACUACAAAUCCAACCUCCGCGGCUAAGAGCUGUAGCUUUGGGUUGUACUCCAACCAGAGUCUCACUCACAAUCUCCCACAGACGACUCAGUUUCAGCAUCUGAGGCAGGACCAGGUGCUAAAGUCACAGCGGGUUUCAGUCUGGGAGAGACAACAGGAAGUGAAGGUGGGGUGGUCAACUCAGCCGCACCAGCAAGAGCAACAGAUCCAGAACAGGGUGAGAAACACUACAGGGUACGAGAGUGGAAGAUGUGGAAAGCCUAUGGGUUUGCCCCAAUCUGCAUGGCCUUCACUGCAAGCUCAGCAACAAAAUCAACUCCCACGCCACCAUGGUUCGGGCACGCGAGCUGGUUAUCUCGGUGGAUCUGGUGUGAAAAGGGAGAGCGCUGGAACUGGAGUAUUCUUGCCUCGCAGAUACAAUAGUGCGCCGGAAUGUUGCAAGAAAACAGCUUGUCCCACAGUCAUCGUUCCGGCCAAGGUUGUUCAGGCUCUGAACUUGAAUUUCGAUGACAUGGGCGGGCACGCUCAGCCACGCUUCAAUACUGGCUAUGCCUCUGACCACGAUGCUGUUGUGGCGCGGGCGAAUGCGAUCUUGAUGCAGCAAAGGCGAAGUUUACGGCCGGAGGGGGCUCUGAACCACGAGAUACGCCUGCCUCAGGAAUGGACAUAUUAAGCCUGCAAUGGGUGCUGUGUUUGUUUUGGUUGGACACAGAAAAGCAGUAUAGAUGUAGGAGUUUGUGAUAGGAUAUGGUAUUUUGGUUUAAUUACAAGCAAGGAAUUCAAGAAUGGGGAGUGUAGUUGUUUUUGUUGCAAUAAAAAAGAUCCAGAUUUUUGAGGAGGUUGCCAGCUUUUAUGAACUACCAAGCUUUAGGUGAAGUUAGUAAAGAACAGAAGGAAUUAGCAGUGGUGGUGAAGAUGGGUUUAAUAAGUGGUGGGUAAAUUUCUUUGGUGGGUUUGUGGGCGGAAAAGAGUGUGUGGGGGGGGGGGCGCAAUGUGUAAUUUUGGGGGAGGUUUUUACUUUUUACUGUGGGUGAAAUGAGGUUGUAGAUGGGGUGUAAUCCACAAACCUCUUGUAAUGAUCGGUUAAAAGUUUAGUAAUAAGAAAGCUCUAAGUUCUGUCUAA